AUGAGAACCUCACCCAAUAUAAUCAUCACCGGAACUCCCGGAGUGGGGAAGACUGUUCACUGCGAGCAGCUGGCGCAAGAGACAGAGCUGAAGCAUUUGUCAAUAAACCAAGUCGCAAAAGAACGGGGAUGCUAUGAUGGCUUUGAUGAGAAGCUAAAAAGCCAUAUCGUUGAUGAGGAUAAGCUGCUUGACGAGAUUGAGGCCGAUGUAUUACAAGGAGGAUACCUUAUUGACUGGCAUGCGUGCGAUUUAUUCCCAAAAUCCUGGAUUGACCUUGUAGUGGUUCUAAGAUGCCCAUCAACGGCUAUUCACUACGAUAGACUGGCAGCAAGAUCUUAUUCAGAGGAAAAGCUCCAAGAAAACCUUGACGCCGAGAUCUUCGGGGUGCUGCUUGAGGAGGCCAGGGAAGCUUAUGACGAGGAGAUAGUGGUUGAGCUUGAAAGCGAGACAGACGAUGCCAUCGAGAGCAACUGCCAGAGGAUAAAAUCGUGGAUAGAUUCCUGGAAGCAAUCGCAUGCCACAGCGUCAGACUGA